AUGUCUGAUCAUCACCACGAUCACGGAAAUGGCGGUCACUGUCACGAUGAGCAUGACCAUUCUGAUGAUAUUACCCCGGCCAUUCAGUCUUUGCUCUAUUCGCAGAUCACUUUUGACUCCAUCACGACAUUGAACGCUUCCGACAGGUUCGCCGGCCAAGUCAAUGUGCAUUCCCUACUCAUUUACACCGCCCCGACCCCCUCAGCCCCACGUACCUUGCGAUUGUUCAAAAAUAAAGACGGUCUCGACUUCUCAACUGCCUCCGAGCUCACCGCGACCCAGACUAUUGAAGUCCCUCGACCCGUGGCUGGUGUUGAUGUCUUUGAGAUCCACCUCAAUCGCGCACGUUGGAAUGCAACAACCUCUGUCACUAUAUUUAUGGAAGACAACUGGAGUGAUGGUGAAAAUGAGAUCACUAAGGUCGGAUAUAUCGGCUUCAAGGGCCAAUUCAUGGCUCUCAAUCGUCAACCUAUCAGUUUCUCGUACGAAGCUGCCGCCAACCCAAGUGACCAUGUUGCAAUCCCCGGCGUGAGCAGUGUUGGUCGCGCUAUGCCUGGUCAAUAG